AUGAUGUACCAGGACUUCAAAGACCUCUUCUCGACGUUGAUGGUCAGCCUGCCCCUAACCUCGCAUCGCGUCCGAUUCCAGAAGGUCGAACAUACCUUCUCCUCCGAGGAAGCCAUCACCAACCUGGGCUCCUUGAAAUUCUCCCAGUCCAACCGAAUGCCCGACCCGAAAGACCCAUCCCGCAUUGUCACCACGACCACGACCACCACCUUCUCCAUGGCGAAGGAGAUGGCACGGUCCGUAUGCCAUCGCUUCCUCGAAGCGCGUUUCAUCGACUCGGUGGACGGCAAGACCGACUUCUCAUCCAAGAGCGCCGUUUGGCAACUCACACCCAAAGGCAUGCACAUUCUGCAACGGUUCUGUCAACGCAACGGCAUCAACCAAAGACACGUCUACGACCUGUUAGACUCGCCGAGAAAUACUAUGCACCUCGUCAUUCUUGAGAGGGAGAACGAAACGGACCGCCUGCACCGGGAUCAAGCCACCAUCGAAGUCAUUUUCCGUCGUUUCGCUGGCGCCGAGCCGAACGUGAAGACCUCAACAUCCGCCUCCGAUUCCGACUCGCUCAACGACUACGUGACCGGCCUGGUCGGCGUGAAGCUGGCCAAAGAACGAAAAGUCGGUGAUCGGGUAUUAUGGAACACGUUCACGGGCAAAGCGGCGGUCGAUUGGCUGCUCGACUGCUGCACGAUGGUAGACAAGCGGGAAGCGUUCGAGCUGGCCUCGCUGUUCACCCAAUACAAUAUGAUCCAGCACAUUGCACCCAAUGGCGAGCGCGACAAUCGGACCGGGUUCAAUCCCUCCAAAACUGCCAUUUACUCGUUUACGGAGAAGGGUCAGAGAGUGGCAGGUUGGGUCAGCCCCAGCACCUCGUCCGCCAAUGGUGAUAACAGCACGUUGCGAGCAAGGGAAGGAACCGCCCGCGAUUCAAAUGCCAAUCGCAUGCAAGUCAUCGUCAACGAUCCCGCGCUGCGACUGCUCUUCCGCGAGUUUUUGCGCGACACCCACUGCGAGGAGAACUUAUCAUUCUAUUUGGACGUCAAGAUUUUCCUCGAACAGUACAAGAAUGCCAAGAAGAGCAGCUCAUCACCUAAACUGGAAACGAUCCGCGAGACGCUUGCGGCUGCAUACAGCCUUUACAACGCUUUCCUGGCCCCUGGUUCUCCAUGCGAACUGAAUAUCGACUAUACGCUACGGACCGCCCUCGCAGCUCGAAUGACCCGAGCGGUGGGCGAUGAUGAAGCAAUGAUCAAGAGUCUCGACGAAGUCGCCUCGCUAUUCGAUCAGGCGCAAACAUCCGUGUUUAAGCUCAUGGCUAGCGACUCGGUUCCGAAAUUCAUGCGCGAGCCAAAAUAUACGUCGGUCAUCCACGAGCGAAAUUUGGACGUCGCGUUAGCCGCGCCCACACGAACAUCUACGUCAUAA